AUGAACGCCUUGAUUGGAAGAACUCGUCCAGAUGCCCUCCAACGCAAUCUUUUACGGAAAAUGCUCGCUUCUCAAGUUCGUUCAGAGGCUUGAAAUUUGUAAGGGAAUGAUUGUGCAGGUCUUCAAGUUCGGCGAGUUCACACUGAAAAGCGGGCAGAAGUCCCCAAUUUACAUUGAUUUGCGGGAAUGUUUCGGUCACUCAGAUCUCUUGGUAGGUUCCUCGUUAGGUUCUCCCGAUGCCCCCCGUUUUCUUCAGAUUCUAAUGUCAGAAGGCCUAUCCAGCAUGGUCACUGAAAGCCGCGUCGAGUACAGUGGAAUCGUUGGCGUUCCGUAUGGCGCUCUACCGCACGCUUCGGUUUCUAUUUUAAAGAAGAACUCGGAAAAUAUUGUUUAUUUGAAGGUGGUUGCUGGGUUGUACCUACAGAAGCCUCUGUUGAUCGUGAGGAAAGAGGCCAAGGCUUACGGAACGAAAAAGCUCAUCGAGGGACUCUAUCAACAAGGAGAUCGGGUGAUCCUUGUCGAGGAUGUCGUCACGACUGGUGGAAGCAUCUUGGAGGUUUGAAUUGUUCUAGAAAUGUUACUUUUUUGCCGCCUUUUUGCGCCAUUUCAUCGGCUCUUAUGCAUCAUUUUCGCUGCCUCUUCCUUUUUUCCACCAAUUCUUGAGCCUUAGAAAUCCCAGAAAAAUGGAAGGAUUGAUGAAGGAACUUUUUUGCUGCCCUUUUUGAGCAUCUCUCUUUUAGCGACCAUUAUCCAUCACUCCUUCUUUGCCCGAGCAUAAAGUUAGCUUAUUUCCAGAGUUUUCUAAAGCUUGAUUUUUGAAUUCCAAACUUUUUUCUCAAUUUUAAAUGAACUUUUAGCCUUUUGAAAACGGAAAACGAGUUUAGGUCGUUGAAACUCUGAAAAACGAGGGUCUCGUGGCCACCGACGUUUUCUGCAUACUUGACCGGGAACAAGGCGGCCGGGAAAGGCUCAAGGAAGCUGGAGUCAAUCUCUACAGGUGAUUGGUCCACCAACUGAUUGAAAAAUUGAUUUUCUCAGUCUUUUCAACAUGGAAACGGUGAUGGCUUUCUUGGCGUCAGUCAACGCUAUCAACGAUCAACAAUGGGCCGAAAUUGUCAAGGUCUUGCUUUUUUCACGCAGUGUUCAAAGGCGCAGGGCUGAAAAUUAUGAUUUCUUGACGAAAAAAGUUGUGACGAGUAGGGGAAUCAUUUAUUUUUUUCAUAUUUCAAAUUUAUUUUUUUGAUUUCUUCGCGAAAAAUUGGAGUUGAAGAAACCGAUUUUUCCGUUUUUUUGAGUUGAAAGAAGCUAUUUUUUUCAUGAUUCGACAGCUAUUUGAAAAACUUGAAAGAUAAAAAAAUUUUUCAUUUCGAAAAAGUUUACGAAAUGCAUAUUUUACUUCAAUUUUUUUCGCCCCUCAAAACAUUUUUUUAAUAGAAAAAAACAGAUUAAAUACUUUUUUUCCAGGCUCUAAACUUGAAAUAUGAGACGGUUUCGCGAUUCGAAGUCUCGAAAGAGGAGGAAGACUUGAACGUAUUACCCUUCACUAAUGCGGUUAGGCCUUAUUUUACUUUUAAAAUUUUUUUAUUAUAAUUUCCAGGGUCGAACAUCCCUACAAGAGCGCGAAGCCCUCACCACUUCUCCCCUGAACCACAAAAUCAUUUCUUUUAUGAAAAAGAAAAGUUCAAACCUCUGCCUGGCCAUCGACUACACUACUACCGAACAGAUUUUGCAGGUGAUUUUAAAAAUUUUGCUGUAAACUUGAUUUGCAAUUAUUUACAGAUUAAGAAAAAAAUGAACAGGGCUUUGAAAUUUACUGAAUCAUUAUUUUAUUUUCUAAGCGUAGAACCCUUCAAGGACCCUUUUGAGCGUCCGUUAUAGAUAAAAAAUUUCCCUUAAAUUAUUCCUAAACGUGUGGCAACGGUUUCCUUUUCACUGCCUUUUUCCUACCUUUCAUCGGCCUUUAUCCAACCUUUUUGGACCCUUUUGAGAAACACAGAAUGUUUUGAAUUGGGAAAAAUCUUUACCAAUGACUUUGUACGAACCAAAAUGUGAGUAAUAAAAUCGGAAAUCAUCAAUGGCCGAGACUUUCAGCACCCUUUUUGCAGCCUCCCUUUUUUUUUAUCCCUUUUGAGAUUUUUUAGCCCACCAAGAAAGAAAGGCUCAAUAGAGAGCGCAAAACGGAACCCUUAUAACAGCCAUUUUGCUCCCUCUCCCUUUUGUCACCCAUUCCCUAGGCUUUUUAGCCCACCAAGAAUAAAAGGUUCAAAAAAGGUCGCAAAACGGAACCCUUUUAACGGUCUUUUUGCAAUCACUCCAUUUUUGCAUCCGUUUUCCGCACUUCCGACUUUGGCAGUCACUUGACUGCUCAGUUUGACAUGAUUCUAGGUUUUUUUUUUUCAGUUAACAAUAUUUGUUUCUGCUCUCUUGUGAGAUUUCAUUGAAGUUUCCUUAUUCAUGUAGCAUUUUUUACAAGUGGAGGCCAUAAUUUAUCGAAAAAGGUAAAAAAAUGAAACUAAUCUGCUUAUAAACAUUUUUUUUUGUUAAGGAUUAUGAUCACAUUUUCAAGAAUCAUUUCCAGAUGGUCGAAAAAGCUGGUCCCUUCGUUGUGGCCAUCAAGGUGCACUCGGAUAUCAUCACAGACUUUUCCGAAAGUUUCACUCAGCAACUCGUUCAACUCGCUAAUAAUUUGGAAUUCAUCAUUUUCGACGAUAGGUUCGUUCAGAACUCCUUCUCAAGGGCCCAAAAUGAUAGUUGAACCUUGAAAAUUCAGCCUUUUAAAGUUGAGACGAAGCAUAAUAUUUGAAAAAUUUUGGUUUUUUUGGAUUUUUUUUUUCAAAAAGUGGAAUUUUGGAAAGUUUUCACACGUCUAGAAGUAUCUGAAACAGAUAGUUUGAUUUUUUAAGUUCAUUUUUCGAAAAUUUUUCGAUAUACCUUGAUCCAAGCGUUCACCUGUUGUUCAAUGUCCGCUUUGAGCCGUAGCUCAACGGGUUGUGCGCCUGUCUACGGUCCACAGGGUCAAAAGUUCGAUCCCUAUCGCCACAAAUACAAGAGGUUUAAGAAGUGUUGGUAGUGGGAAAACACGACUUCAAAAUCCCCAACCGUCAUACACCGUGGAACGCCAGAGUGGUCCCUAGAGGGGAACUUUCAAGACUCCUUAAGGGAGCACUCUGAUCCUCCUGAGGACGGGACAGUCACUAGAACCAGUCCCUUGAUUAUUCCACUAUCGGGAUAUAACCUCGUAGGGCUCAAUAGGUACAAAGGCGUAAUAACAAGAAAAUAUGAUGCGUCUCGUCCGAAUGUCCUUUCUCACUUUCCUCGUUUUAAGAAAGUUCGCUGAUACGGGAAACACGACGAAGUUGCAACUGACGGGCCCUUUCAAAAUCGCCGAAUGGGCCGAUGUCGUGACGACUCAUGCCGUACAAGGCGUCGACAGCAUUGUGCCCGUUUUCAGAGAGGUUUUUUUGGGAAAAAAAAUUGAGAGAAAAUAUCAUGUUUUAUUGAAUAAACAGUUUGGAGUAGCUCCCAAAAAAAUCAGUAACAAUGCAAUGAAAAAUCAAAAAUCACGCAGUUUUCAAAAUGAAUAUAAAUUUAGAAAGGCCUAUGAAUCAAAAUGAGAUGAAAAAUGUUGAAUCUAUGUUAUUUCUCAGGCCGAAAAUUUAGAAAAAAGUCACAAGUAGAGUUCAAACUGCUCGGAAAAGCUAAAAAAAUUUUCAAAGUUUUUAAUCUUCAAAUUCAGCUUUUAUUUACUCUGUAACUAUUUUCUGAGUUUUUCAUCCAAAUUUCAUCAAACCUUUGUAAUAUAUUCCAUACUUAUUCGCAUCCCGUCGAAGUGAAUAAUCUUGAACUAAAAAACCUUCGAAAUUUGCAAAACCGUUUCCAGCCCACAUUUAUACAUUUUCAGUUCAUCAACAACCCGGCUUAUCGUUUAUCGGGUGUUCUUCUCAUUGCUCAGCUUAGCACAAAGGGAUCCCUCACGAACAUCCAUGAAUACACUAAAAGUGAACAUUUCAAUCCUUCAGAGAAAAAAUCUCGCAGUUUUCAAGAAGCCGUCCAAAUUGCCGACGAAAAUCGAGACAUCGUGUCGGGAUUCAUCACACAGACGAGGAUUUCCGAGUUUAGCGACAUUCUCAAUUGGACGCCUGGUAAUAAAAUACGAUGAAGGUUAUUAUCAAAAUAUUCUCAAGGAGUUAAUCUGGACGCGAAAAAUGAUUCCACUGGCCAGCAAUGGAGAGGCGUUGAACAGGUAACUCGGAAAAAAAAUAUUUCCGAGAAUAUAAUUUUUAGGCUAUUGAAAUUCAACAAAAUGACAUUGUUAUCGUGGGCCGUGGUGUAACUUCCUCAAAAGAGCCUAUCCAGCAGUUGAAAAGGUAUAUUUAUGUCGAAAAAAAGGAUAGGAAAAAAUGGCCGCGUUCUGGUUAAGAUUCCACGCUCCAAGGAUAAAACCACAAAACCUUACUUUCAGAUAUCGACAGACAGCCUGGGAAAGCUUGACCAAAGAAGAAAAUGAGAAAAUUGAUCAUAAUUAA